AUGGGGAAUCAGCAAAUUCGUGAGGCUUUGCAUGGACUUAAGCCGGCUCUGUUAAUGGUAGUCGUUCAGUUUGUAUUUACCGGCGUGAAUGUGUUGUACAAACUGGCCGCUAAUGAUGGUAUGAAUUUGAAGGUCAUUGUUGCUUACCGCUUAGUUUUCGCUACUGCUUUCAUUCUUCCCCUUGCCCUUUUCAUUGAAAGGAAAAGCAGGCGAAAGCUGACUUGGACGAUUCUUUUUCAGGCAUUUUUAUGUGGGUUAUUCGGGGCAUCACUGCCACAAAAUUUAUAUCUCGAAAGCUUAGUUUUAACAUCGGCAACAUUAGCCUCGGCCAUGACCAACCUGAUUCCUGCUAUAACAUUCUUCUUAGCCGUCAUAUUCAGGUUAGAGAAGCUGAAUUUUGGAACCCCGGGAGGGAAGGCUAAGGUUUUGGGUUCACUACUGGGAGUCGGUGGAGCACUGAUUCUAACCUUCUACAAAGGAGUAGAUAUUAACAUUUGGUCAACGCACGUCGACCUUUUGCAUCGGGAUCAUCACCAUAACAACAUGGCAUCGUCGCAUGAUGCAGCAGCUGGGUCUGGAAAUCAUGUCUUGGGCUGUCUAUUGGCUGUCGCCAGUUCUGCUUGUUUCUCUGUCUGGUUCAUCCUUCAGGCUAAAAUGAGUGAGAAAUAUCCCUGCUAUUAUUCAAGCACAGCUCUUAUGUCGAUUAUGGCAACCAUCCAGACUAUAAUUUUCGCCCUCUGCACCGAGAGAGACUGGAGCCAAUGGAAGCUAGGUUGGAAUAUUAGGCUUCUCACUGUUGCAUACUCGGGUACUGUGGCGUCUGGACUAAUGAUGACACUCAUUGCGUGGUGUGUCCAAAAGAAAGGUCCAUUGUACGCGUCUGUUUUCAACCCCCUCAUGCUGGUUCUUGUAACUAUUGUUGGCUCUCUGGUGCUCAACGAGAAGUUGCACCUUGGAAGUGUAUUAGCAGCAGUGUUGAUUGUAUUCGGGUUGUAUUUCGUGCUAUGGGGAAAAGGAAAAGAGAUGAAGAUGAAUCAGCUAACACCUUCAGAGAGCUUUGGAAACCAAUCGGAAUCGAUUCACAUUGUAGUAACUGCAACUGCGGACAACACCAUAACUUGGAGCAGGAGCGAUAGCGUUAACGGUGGUAGAAUUACAAGAGUUGCUCCUGAUGCUACGGAUAACGUUUUUGAAAAAGAAUUAACCUAACCAUUUUCGAUUUGUUAUAAAUAUAGG